AUGAGUGAUGGACUUGGUUUCAGCGAGGACAGACGAGCAGUAGAUGGUGGAGCUGUGCUUCGGAGAAGAAGUGUGAGUGAUUGGAUUCAUCAGAAGGGGAAUGGGGAUGGGGUGGGAGAGCUGGGAAGAGAAGGGGACGCAGAGAGAGAGGGAGGAAUUUGCGGGUCUCACAAUAGACACGUCAUCAGGUAA